GUGUUACUUGUAAAGGUGUAUACUCACUGCAUGCGUUUCUAGAAUUGCGUAUUAAUCAGAAAAAGGUAUAAUAUUCGAAGACGCCAUGAAUCACCCGCUCUGUAGUCAGAAACUGGCCGAAAAUGCAAAACUUGUCAAUCAUCAAGGAACUUUAAUGUUGAGUUUUUGCGUUUUUAAUUUGAUAUUUUCUCUAGUUGCAACUCUGGGAAAUCUUCUUGUUAUUCGCGCCCUUUGUAAAGCUUCGUCAAUACCUGCUACUCUAAAGAAGUUGUUCCUGAAUCUUGCUGUCUCUGAUUUUGCUGUGGGAUUGUUUGCACAGCUUAUGUUUGGAAUCAUCGUCGCAGUGAUGUUGAAAAUGGCAGCGAAUGGAAACUUUAACUUUGACUUCUUGUGUCCAAGGAUUUUAACUGUCUCUUAUUUUGCGAUAUACCUUCUGACUUGCGCAUCAUUUUUGACUAUUGUACUUAUUGCUGUAGACAGAUUUCUGGCCGUGUUUCUUCACCUCCGAUAUCAAGAGCUUGUUACCUCAAAACGUGUUGCUAUUGCAUUAGUGUCUCUGUGGCUAACAAGUGUUGUCGCUGUCUCUUCCUCAUUCAUUUCGCUUCCUGAUCAAUAUAACAUGGUGGUUGUUACUUUUGAACUUUUCGGUCUUCUCGUCACAACUGUGGGAUAUGUCCGUAUUUAUAAAGUUGUGAGACAUCAUCGAAAUCAAAUAGCGAGCCAGUCUCAACUGCAAAACAAUCACACAAUGAGGAUACUCCGAGAAACGAAGUCGACCAUAAAUGCUUUGCUUGUCUACAUCGUUUUCCUGGCUUGUUUUCUUCCCAAUUUGUGCUGCAUUUUUCUGCUGAGAGCAGACAGUCUUCGAUUGUCUUUUUUGGUAGCUAAUCACGUCUCUGGAUUCCUCGUUCUCCUGAAUUCUUCAUUAAACCCCAUUAUUUACUGCUGGCGAUAUCGCGAGAUAAGAGAAAUCGUGAAAGACUUAAUAAAACAUUUAUUCGUCACCAAGCAAAGAGUACAACAAUCAUAAAUGGUAGCGUUUAAGAGGCAUUGCUUAAAAGGACGAAGAGUGGGAAAAAAAAAAAAGAUUAACUGCGACCGAUAUUAACUUCAUUAAUCUUAAAUCAGCCUUCAAGGUUACUGUUAUUUGCAGAAGAGUGGUUGGCUCAAGUUGUGAAACGAGACUAAGGGAAGAUGGAAUUGGAAGAUUCAACAUCAUUUCGCUAAUUUUACUACUAUUAUUUAUUUAUUAAUUUUUGUUUUCAAAAUCUAAUGAGAAAAAAAAAACAUCUCGUGCUGGUGGAAUUCGUUAAUUAGCAUCUUCUUUGAUUUUAAAGAGAAUUUUUCAACGAUGGGUGAAUCCAAAAGGGUUAGGCUAAGAAGAAGAUUUGAAAUCAUGAACGCAACCCUAGCUGGUAAAGUGCAAGAAAAAAAUUGCACAAAGAGCGGUGUAUGGUCGGACUUCGCAUCACGCUAAUGAUCGUGUGUUAUUAUGAUGAUUCGUGUAAUAAAUUGUCCUUUUAAUCGGGACACGGAAAACACUAGAAGAAAUGAUGACCAAAUGCAAGGCGAUUUCAGGUUUUUUCUCUCUUUAACCUUCACAUCGGACGUGAUGAUACCAUUAAAAGCUACUUGACAAGUCUCACGUUUGGUACGCUUUGUACAAAUAAUUUAAAAUCUUUUCUGUUAUAGAGUCCUUAUCCCCACCGUUCAUUUGCAUUUUCGCUGAUGCUCAUUUGCAUUUGUUUAAAAGAGCUAAAAGGAAAAAAGAAAUGCUUUUGUCCGUUUUGUCAUGUGUCAACUAAAAGAGUGGAUCAGAUGGGAUUUUUUACUGACUGUUCAACGAUUUGUUGGCUUAGCGAAAAUACUGUUUGAACAAUAGAGUGACUCCAAGAUGAGCAGCUCAACCUUGAUAAAAGCCCUCAGCUGAACAGCCAGUGAGUUCAUUAGUGAAAUCUCAAAUGAAAAGAAAAAAAGGCUAAGGUUUUGAAUUAAUUUUACUGUGAGUUGACACCGAGCAUUGAUUUAUUUCCUUCAGUUAUCUAGUGGCACUGAUAAAAAUUGAAGCAAUCCUGCUCUCGAGAUCUGAGGUGAUCUCGGCUUGCACUCUAAAACCAAAUUUUGACAUGAAUCUACCACCAAGGUUGGUCUCUUUUGACGGAAGUCCACUACAGCUGUACACCGGAGAAAUUUGAAAACUCAACAAUCACCGGUCAUUUUGCAUUUAAUUUGUGUUCGAGUAAGACUUGAGCAGGGGAAUAUCAUGAUAAUCGUAACGUCAUCGUUUUCGAAAAGCUUCGUUUUCAAAAUGUUUUUCGCCCACACACUCGUGUGGACGGAAGGCAUAACCGGAGAAAUAAAGCCUCGUUUCCAAAUUCCUUUGGCGCAGUGUGGACGGGGGCCGAGAAAGAGUCCAAGAUAACUUGUAUGCGCAUGCUCAGAGCGAGUCAAUCGGAGUGCAAUCUCGUCCCCGGAGCCCUGGUCAAAGUCGAAAACGGGAACCAGAAAAUCUUGAUUACGGUUUGAUGAUGUGCAUGCGUUCAAGUUCAAUAACGAUUUAUAAACAUGCGCAGAGAGAGUAGCCGCUAUGACUAAUGCUGGCUCACCCUCCGAUUUCUCCCAGGGGAAAAUAGGAGGUUAUAGACGAAUGAAUUGUCUAUAAGUAGUUAUAGAAUAGAAUAGAAUACCCCGAGUAAAAUGAAUAAAUGAAUGAAUGAAUGAA